AUGUCUCUUACCGAUCUUUUCCAUAAUCUUGACGUGCUAACGUCUCCCCAGCGAUAUCCCAACAUCUGCGCGCACCACAAUGGCCCUUGCUUGAGUAGAUCCUCUUCCAGUGGCAACAAACUGUUGAAGCUUAAGGCUACCAAAAUCGGCCCACACCUCUUCCAUAGAGUGGAUAUCAAUGGUUCAAAUUGCGGGACAGCAUCUCAAAAUAAGUGCGCCACAGCGAAGCAUGAACCAUGUCUACCAUCGCAGUUGAAGGCAGUCCAGACUAUCUGUGGUCUACAAAAAGAAGGAUAUAUAUAA